CUCAGCCCUAAUUCUUUUUCCCAAGGUCUCAAACAUCACCGCGCUCUUUCUCACUCUCGCCCAAACAUCACCCUCUUUCUGAGCUCCGGAACCUCACCGUUCCCGUCGUUCUAAACAUUCUGAUAACCGAAUCUUCUUCUCACCACUCUUUCAUUUUCAGCUUUUGCUCCUCGAACGGGAACCUACCGAGGUAUUUGGGCAAUGGCGUGCAGGCCUACUUCUCCUAUCGAGUAAUCAUCAAGACACGCAGCAGCAGGGUCUCUAGUUUUAAAUCGGUUUCUUUUUCCAUUACUAGGAAUCGCUUCCCAUCUCUGACUUCAAGACCUGGACGCUUUCAAGUUUCCUAUUCGUUUAAAACAUCCAUUAGUUAAAAAGGCUGCUCAUCUUCAAGUUAGCAGUGAAGAAUUUGGAAUUAAUUUUGGCAAUCCAAAGCCAAGAGCUUGAUAUUACCAGGUCAUUAAGAUGAAGAGAACAAGACAAGGAGGCCGACCUCGUACCAUGUCUCAACUCUUGGAAGAAACUUCAUCACGUUCUGGAAGCACAGGUCGCAGCGCAAACGAAUCAGCACAGCUAACUCCUACAGCACCAGCAGUGGAAGAGCAAGUCAAUACGCCAACAAGUAAAGCCACACGAGGACAGAGCAAAGGCAUUCCAGAAUGGAAUACAGGUGUCAAAGUACAUGUUCAAUUUAAUGGAAUCAAUUUCCAGCCGGUGGGAGAAAGGGCAGGUCAGCUUAAGUCACAAUUGGGUCAGAUAGUUCGAAAUGGCCAUAGAGUUCCACUAAAUAUUCUUGACUGGAAGAAAGUUGGUAAUGAUGUGAAGGAAGAAAUUUGGGAAGAGGUUAAGAAAAACUUGGUGGAAGUCCCUGAAGGUUAUAAAUCAGUAUGCUUGGAAAAUUGUAAUUUGCUUUGGAAGGACCAUAAGAGCAAAACAAAAUCGUUUCACUAUGUGCCCAAUAAGGACGAUCCUGAACUUAGUUCUAAAAAUCCUCCACAUAUUGUUGCAGAGCAAUGGUCUGAGCUUGUUGCAUAUUGGAGUAGUGAGGAUGCAAAGGUGAUAGCAGAAAGAAAUUCAGUGAACCGAGAGCUGCGUGGCCCAUGUCACAAGACCGGUAGAAAGCAUUUUGCCCAAGUGCGAUAUGAGAUGGAAAAAGCUGGAGAACCAGUUGAUAAGUUUAGUGUCUGGAAGAGAACACGUGACUUAAAUGAUCACCUUGUGCAAGAGUUCAUUAAAUCAUAUGAGGAGAAACUUAGAAAGGAGUCAGAGGAGGAUCAGAACUUGACUAGUGUUAAAGAUCGAAUUUUCCACUCUUUGAUGGGAGAUGAUGGUCAUGGGUAUUGUCGUACUUUUGGAGCUGGUGUGCCUCGUAAUCUAGUAUAUCCAAAGGAAUCAAAUAUAUCUCAAAGCACAGAUGAUCUCGUACAAAAAAUCACUGAACAAGUGCGUCAAGAGUUUCAACUGCAGCUUCAGCAACUACAUGCUCGAAUUGAUUUUCUGCAGAAUAAGGACAGUAGCACAGAGUCUCCUAAACAGGUUGCUGAUGCAACUAGCGGGCAUGAAAAUUUGAGGGAGUCUAUAGGAGAUGAAAUAACUCCGAAUGCAAAUAGUGACCAGCCAUUGUUGGAGCAGAAUUCUCCAGUAACAUCCCCUUCACAAAAUGGAUCUGAAAGGGUUCUCAUGGCAAAAAGAGCAAAGCAAAUGAAAGCAAGUGCAAAGCUCACAAAAUGACAAAGUAAAAUGAUGCACUUGUGAUUGUUGUUUUAUUUUAAGAGUGCUUAUUAUAAUGUUCAAUACUUACAAAUGACAUUAUUUUCUCUUUAGUAUUUGUAUUUGUAUUUGAAUAUGCUACAAUGAGUCAAUGGAUAUGUUUAAGUAUAUUAUUCAUGAAUUAAUGUUAAUUUCUUAUUUGAUUUAAUAGAUCCAAAUAUUUAA